AUGGUCCGCGCAUUCUUCACAGCUGGUCUCGUUUCCUGCGCGGCCUUCAUCGCGAGCGCGAUGAUGUCUCACGCCGCUCCCAUCGCGACCCGCCGCCAGCUCGGCAACCUCGAGUGCAACAUCGACCGCGGCGAGAUCGUCUUCCACGUUGCCGACCUAGGCAAGACCGUCUCCUCCCUCGCGAAGGCUUCGGACCUCCAAGCAGCGAACAACACGGCGAACGGCAACCUGCAGGCCAUGCAGGACGGCGUGCAGGGCGCAAGUGCUGCCAUCAACGGCAUCCUCCUCGGGCUCAUCAGCAACCAGCCCGCCGACCCCGCGCUCCGGGAUGCCGUCGGGGGGAACCUCACGGAGAUCCUAACCGGGCUGCAAGACCUGUCGUCUUCGAACAACAAGACGAACGCGCUACUUACCAAGGCGAACCAGCAGCUGACCAACGCGGUGCUCGCCGGGAACGGUGUUGUCAACAACUGCAAGUAG